AUGCAGAAGAGAACAACAUCCAGCUCUGAACAACCUACAGCAGGUCCAUUGUCAAAGGAGAAAGAUAAAGCUCCAGCUCAACCUAGGGGAGUGAUCAAUUGCAUUUCGGGAGGUUACGCUGGAGGUGGACAUACAAACUUGGCCAGAAAGCGAACCUAUAGAGCUAUGUUAGUGGUUGGGGAUUCUGCUCAUAAUCCUCAACCAAUUCAGGAUGUCCCUGAGAUGACCUUCCGCCCUGCUAACUUUAAUUGCAGCCACACCAACUACAACGACCCUGUGGUUAUCUCCAUCCAAUUGGGAGACCUAAUAGUUCGGAAAGUGCUACUUAAUCCAGGGAGUAGCGCUGAUGUGCUUUUCUUUGCUACAUUUGAGAAAAUGAAAGUGAGCACUAACAUUUUGCAGCCAUACACAGGAGACUUGGUCGGAUUUUCAGAGGAACGAGUCCCUGUGUUGGGUUCUGACAACGUCAUCGCAACCAUUCACAGUGAUUUACACAAAGCUCGGCAUUGCUACAACAUAAGCCUAAAGCCCAUCAAAAGGAACACGGAAGUGCAUGUCAACUCAAUACAAUCCGAACAACCAAUCCUAGCAGAGCUAGACCCGAGGGCCGACUUUCAAGAACGCCCCGUGCCAAAUGAAGAUCUGACAAAGGUCACCCUGACCGAAGAUCCAACAAAGUUUACCUUUAUCGGAACAUCAAUUGACAAUAAAGACAAGGAGAAGCUGAUUAGUUUCUUGCGUCAAAACACUGACUUAUUCGCUUGGACUUUCGAGGAUAUGCCAGGGAUCAAUCCGUCAGUAAUCACACACAAAUUAGCAGUCAGUCCAACAGCCCGACCAGUUUCUCAAAAAAAGCGAAACCUCGGAACUGAGAAACAAUUGGCCUCCAUGGCAGAAGUCAACAAACUCAUCGACGCCCAGUUCAUCCGAGAGAUCAGAUUCACGACUUGGUUGGCCAAUGUUGUUAUGGUAAAAAAGAAUAACGGUAAAUGGCACAUGUGCGUCGAUUUUACUGAUUUAAAUAAGGCAUGUCCUAAGGAUGCUUAUCCUUUACCCUGCAUCGACACUUUAGUAGAUAAUUCUUGUGGUUAUGGCACUUUGAGUUUCAUGGAUGCAUAUUCUGGCUAUAACCACAUCCUUAUGCAUCCAUCAGACCAAGAAAAAAUAGCCUUUAUAACUGAAUAUGGUAAUUACUGCUAUAAUGUUAUGCCUUUUGGUUUAAAGAAUGCAGGUGCAACAUACCAAAGGUUAAUGAAUAAGAUCUUUGAGCAGCAAAUAGGCAGGAAUAUCGAAGUAUACGUCGGCGACAUGGUCGUCCAGAUAAAGAUCGGCCAUCCCCACAUAGAAGAUCUUGAUGAAAUAUUUACACAGAACAGAAAAUAUAACAUGAGGCUGAACCCCGAGAAAUGUGCCUUUGGUGUUCGGGGAGGGAAAUUUCUCGGGUUCAUCCUGACAGGCCGAGAAAACAAAAAAAUUCAGCAACCAGUCUAUUUCGUGAGCAAGUCACUACAAAAUGCAGAGCUUCGGUACCCAAGGCUUGAAAAGCUCGCCCUAGCAUUAAUUUUCUCUGCAAGACGGCUCCGACCUUAUUUUCAGAGUCACACAAUCAUUGUCAGAACAGGACAACCACUUCGGCAGAUACUUUCUAAACCUGAGUUAGCAGGGAGACUAAUCAAAUGGUCUAUUGAAGUCUCAGAAUUCGAUAUUCAGUACCAACCUAGAGGAUCUGUUAAGUCACAAUGCUUGGCCGAUUUUGUGGCUGAGUUUACAGACUCAUAUUCCGAGGAUAAUGGUCAAACCUGGACCUUGUUCGUAGACGGUGCUUCAAACCCUCAAGAAGCUGGUGCAGGCAUAUUGCUAGAAAGCUCGAAUGGCAUAGUUAUCGAGCAUUUUCUCUGA